UAAUGUCCCUAGCGUUCGGCUAGUUAGCUGUAGUUUAAAAAAAACGGCUAAACGUUUACUAGCUAGUCCUGUAAAAUACAAUUGAAAAGAUGGCGACGGCAAUAUACCUGGAACAUUACCUUGACAGUGAGUAUCUAGCUAACUUAAUGUGAUCCGUUGUGUAAAUUGGCUAAAUACAUUUCCAAUCGUGUUUGUUUUUCAGUCUCGAACUUCUAAAGCUAACGAUAGCUUGGCGAGCUAGCAAGCAAGCCACACAUGUUGUGUCGUUAGCGAGAUUACAAGUUUUCGGCAUUACUAACUAGCUAGUUAAUUUACUAUUAUAAUUUUUGUUAGUUUUCUAGUAACUAUGUCAUUGAAGUUGUACGUUAGAUGAAAUGCUAUAAAUUGAUGAUUUUAUCUAGUGCACUAACGUUAGCUAGCGAACUAAGGAGGGGCUAUUUUUCUGCUUUCUCUUGGCUUGUAGCAGUAAACCAGCAACAGGUGAUGUUCUAGCUAGUUAGUUAGCUAAACAGCAACCUGUACAUUCAUCUCAGUGGGGCAUGCCAGGAUCAUAAAAUGUCGUUGAUAGCACUAGCUAGUUUGCUAUAGCUACGUUCCGAAUAAUGAUUGUGACAACUUUCCUGAGCAGAGAGCACUUUCCUCAAUACAACUUUAGCAAGCAAGCGGGGGACGACAGCGGCGCAACCUCGUUUUCUUCCCGGAGUCAAGCGUACACAGGGCGGGAUGUUUGAUUUGAAAGUGCGUCACAAGCACAACGUAUACCCAAAUUCCAGUUUCACUUCCGCCUAAAUAAUAUUGUUUUCCGGUCGUCACUAGUUACCACAGUCAUAAUAAUCACUGCUAAACCCCACAUAUUUCUACAAUUUCUCUACUGAUUUUAAAUGUGACCUUAACCACACUGCUAACCUUAUGCCUAAUCCUAACCUUAAAUGAAGACCAAAAAGCUAAUUUGUUUUCAUGAAUUUUUACGAUGUAGCCGAUUUUGUGGCUGUGGGUACUAGUGAUAACCUUGUUUACCAGGGGGGGGGAAACGUUUAGGUUUAAGUUAUUUUGGUAGAACAGCAGUCGUGAUCCAGCUACCUUGCUAACAUUAUCUAUUUUGGAUGUGGCCACCUGUUAUCUAGUAACGGUCAUCAGACUGCAGUGUAUUCAUUGUAGAAAAUUGCACAGGAACCAUGAGCUGUCAGCUGUGUGUUACCAUCAAAUCCUAUCUUGUUUGAUGAAAUAUUGUAGAUCGUGUAUAUGACUGCGUUUAACAUAUCAUGACAUAUUCCUCCAGGUAUUGAGAAUCUGCCCUGUGAACUACAGAGGAACUUUUCACUGAUGCGGGACCUGGACAAUAGAACUGAAGGUACAAUACAUGAGAUUGACAUCAGUUAAACCACACAAUAAAUAUAUUACACAUUUUAUUAGUUUUGAUCACCAGAUUUACUACAUGGUUUCAUGUCCAUCACUAUUAUAUUGUUCAGCAUAUUUCCUUUUCCAGUAUUUAAAUGUUCCUACAAUUGUGUAGAGAAAAAAGGAGAGAUCGACAAGCUGGCGGAGGAGUACAUCUCAAGUGUAAGGAACUUGGCUUCGGAACAGAGGGUUGAGCACCUGCAGAAGAUCCAGUGUGCUUACAGCAAGUGCAAAGAGUUCAGCGAUGACAAAGUGCAGCUUGCCAUGCAGACAUAUGAAAUGGUCAGUGCUCCAACACUGUCAUAUGAGUACAUAAAGACGUCAAUACUUUCACUAUUGGUUGUAUAGUGCUCUAAACCUGUCAUAUGAGUACAAAUGUGUGUCAUACUGUCACUAUUGGUUUAGCAUUAUCUAUUGAUCUAUCUAAUUGUUUGCAUGUCAUAGGUGGACAAGCAUAUCCGCAGGCUGGAUGCAGACCUGGCUCGAUUUGAGAAUGAGCUGAAGGAGAAGUUGGAAGUGAGCAGCUAUGACAGUCCAGAAGGAAGAGGGUUAAAGAGUAAGCAGGGAGACUGUCGGGGGGAAAUACUUCUACAGCACAUUUACGACAGGUAACUAACUUCCAUGUGCACAUCUGUGAAUAUCUGCUUCAGAGGGUGAAGGUCGGGGACUGAGGGAGAAGCGUGGACCCAAGGGGAGAGGCAGGAAAUCAUCAGAUGAGGAUUCUCCCAGGAAGAAAAAGCUUAAAAACAGGUACAGAAAAUGUUGUACAAACAAAGUACUAUUUAUGUGUGUCUGCCUGGUUUUCACUCCAACUCAAUAUCAUUUAACCCGUUAAUAUCUGUAGCCCAGAAUUGAGUGACGCUCUCCUGCCAAUGCAACCGUCAGAUGUUUUGGACAUGCCAGUUGAUCCAAAUGAGCCAACAUACUGCUUGUGCCAUCAAGUGUCGUAUGGAGAGAUGAUUGGAUGUGAUAACCCUGAUGUAAGUUUUUAUUGGUUGUCUUGUUAUUCCAAAGAAUGCUUUGAAAUUAGUGGAAUUUUUAUAUAGAUCCAAGAAGUUAAUUGAAAGAUUACUGUAAUGUGAAUGUCUUCUUACCAAUGUUUUCACUUUUCAAACAGUGCCCAAUUGAGUGGUUUCACUUUGCUUGUGUUGAUCUUGCUACAAAGCCAAAAGGAAAAUGGUAGGUGAAUCUUUUACAAAGAUUGAUAAAAGUAUAUUAUAUAUGUUAAUUAAAGCGGAUGAAUUUGGGAAUGUUGGUGAUUACACGCAUUACCUUUUUGUACAUCUUGUAUUUAGUCUUAUCUCUUUCAGGUUUUGUCCAAGAUGCACCCAGGAUAAGAAGAAAAAAUGAUAUUUCUUAAAAGUAUUUUUCUCUAAAUGUGUUCUUUGUCUAUGUAGUAAAAUAGUGUAAUAUAUUUACAAAUAUUUCUCUUUCUUUUAUGGCUGUGCAUAAAUAUGAUGGUCUAAAUACAAAGCUUUUAUUCAAAGUACUUGAAAUAUGUAAAAGUUUUAGUAUUUGACAAACAAAUUCAACUGCUGUUGUAAUUUUCUCCAUGGUUAAGUUUUAUUUUUUUAUUCUGUCCUCACUCAAAUAGGGCCAGUGUUAGGAUCUCAUUUGUGUCAGCAUUUUAGUUACCUAGCUACCUCUCGGUUCAAGCACACACAUGCAGAAAUGAUGUAUACUGCAAUCUUGAAUCCUGCCUAAAAAUGUUAAACCAAGCAAAGAAAAACGUUCACUCUGUCCAGUCUUGGACUAAUAAGCUAUCUGGUAAAAGGUGUACUAUAUUUUUAUAUCGACUGUCAAAAGCAUUUGCCCACUCUUGAAUGUAGGAAGCUACUGGUAUCUCUUUGCCAACAUAACCAGCAAGCAUUAAAGCACUUUGUAUGAAAAUCAGCUGUUCACCACUAUAAUGCUAAACAAUUUAACAGUGCCUAGAUUUAAAAAAUAAUAAUUGUGGGGAAUGGCGUUCCAAAGAUAUCGUAUUCAAGCUGCUGUAAAGUACGAAAGAAAGACAAGCAGUAGCUAGGUUUCCAUCCAAUU